UACUCGCGUCUGAUCUACGCAUUGCUUGAGGGGAGCCUUGAGAUGAUCGAAUAACUGGGCUUAACUCCGCCCAUAGCGAUGCGGAGGAGCGUCAUAAUGGCUGAGGAGAUGUUCAUUGGAUAGAUAUAGGGAGUCGGAGCGCAUCUCCAUCUAUCAACAGCCUCGAAACGCUGAAGGCCAAGUGUUCGUCCGUAGCGGACGAUCCUUCGGCACCAUCCUGGUCAAAAUAAGUAGGGAUCUUCGGAAAAGUGCAGGAGAAUAAUGAAUCCUGCUGCUGGCUCUUGGAUAAUUCUUCUGCAUCCGGACUUGUGCAACACAGGGACUUCUUGUCAAGAGAUAUCCCGUGUUCAUAGUAAUAAAGAUAUAACAUCCAAUGUCGAGGUCGCGACAAAAGGAGAAAUCCCUUUUGAUAUUGAGGUUCCCGGGCCCAGACAGCACCACGUGAUUUUUAAGCCUCGGCUGAAUAUUCCACCAAUCAACGAACACUAUCACCUCACUAACAAAUCAUAAUCUACUAAAAAUAAAAACACAGCCAAAUUACACUUUAAUCUAUCUUGGUUAAGCUUCACUCUUGGGGUUUGGGAAGAAGUUUGUCCGUAGAAAGCGAAGUCCAGCGUCUUUCUUAGCCAUUGUGAGAGUUAGGCGAGAUUGGUAGCUUCAAUAGAGCUUAGAUACAGAAAGAGAUGGUCGAAUGGAGAAAGGGGAAUGAGCAGUGUCAGUAUGGAAUGCACUGUUUUGAUCAAGUUAAACUAAAAUGGGCAUUUCAUCAAUUAUAUAUAGCUUUCUUCCCAUGGUGCCGACCAGUCACGUGCUGGCGAGGCGUCCAGGGUGGGUCCAUGGGACGCUUAGACGAACUUAUCCUUUUUAGGCUAGUUCGGUCUUCAAAUUACUCGGGACCUCAGCAGAGUAGUUACAGCGACUGCUGGCCCAACAUAAAGACACAGUGCUUGAUAGCUACGAAAUAUUCGCGAUAUUAUGCCGCCCCCUCUCCGUGUGUUAACUCGAGGCUCGAUGUUGGUCGGUAAACGCGGUCAACGCUACGUUUUGCUUGAUCCGCUCGUUCAACGCAAAGGGAAACAGUGUAAUGUCUGGAGCGCUACAAAGCACGAUGACCCAAUGCACCAAUUUGUCCUCAAGAAACCAGAAGAUGAAGAUGGCCCCGGGUGGCCUGACUUCACUCGGGAGAUGGAAAUGCAGAAGCUAUUGUAUAAAUCUGGUUACAUCCGUCGGAUGGUUGAUGUCAUUCCGCCUCCUUCUGAUACGGAGCCGCCAAUCAUGGUUCUUGAGGCAUUCGAGAAGUCGCUAUGGACCGCACGAUUACGGCGUCCUUUUUCUUUAGGGGAGAUUCGAUCUGUUAUGAGAUCUAUUGCGAUUGGACUGAGUACUAUACAUCACAAUAAUAUUGUGUAUACAGGUUUGUUACCUAGAACGGGCCUUUAUUAAUAGAUGCUAAAUAUAUACUAGACUUGAAGAUGGAGAAUAUCCUUAUUAAUGGGUUCGAUAAUGAGACUCCAGGCUCCGGUGAACAUUUGGUGACUAAGAUUGCUGAUCUUGGGAUGAGUAUAUUAUUACUAUCUUAUCUUACUAUUAUAAAUGGUUAACUAACUAAGAACUAGUGCAACCUCCUUCCCAGGGCCCUAUAUCUGCAAUUACAUAUCGCAGUCCCGAGGUAUACUUUAAGAAACCCUGGACAACUGCAACAGAUAUAUGGUCUUGGGGUAUAGUGUAUCUACAUCUACUUCAAGCCUAUAUUAAUUUCGAAGAACCUGGGAUAUUUGACUCAUUAAAGGUUGAAGGGACAUUAAUAGAUAAGGAGAAUACUAUUCGGGCAGCUAUGGCUCAAGAGUUUGAUCUUCAUACGAUUGAGUAUUAUAACUCAGAUCUAGAUACGCGACAACUACUACCAAAAAGGGAUAAAACGAGGACUGAGCUUGAUCAUUGGGUAAUAAAGCUUAUUAAUAAGGAUAUCCCAGAAAAGGAUAUUGAGACAGUCCAUGUCGCCCUCAAUCCUGUUCCAGAGCUACGCCCCAGUGCACUUGAACUUCUGGAGUAUGGCUAUAUCUAGGACGCCGUUGGCUAUAUCACAAGAGAAAUAGUGAUUGUAAGCCUCUAUUACGCGGAUAUAGAGCAUAUAACUUCCGGUAGCGCCUCGGUAUGUAUACUACCAACCCAACUGCUACCAAAUGUAAGCAUGGUACAGAUUGGUAGCAUGUCUUUUGCGAUUUAAACGCCCGCGGGACUUAGCUCGUUUGCGUUUACGCUGCUCAACAACCAUCUAACAACGGCACAACAGCUGGGUGUCCGCGUCGUCGCCGGUGUUCUUCAGGUAACGGGUUGCUGGUAUCUGCACCCUCCGUUAACUUCUCUUCUUUACAUCAUAACGACCACCCUACUUCGCUGCGUCAUAACUUCUACACUGCGUCAUAACGCUUUUCGUUGCUUCCGCUGUCAUCUUUUAUCUUCCUUCUUACUUCGCUACAGCCUCAUGACCAACGAUGACAAUUCACGACGUCUGCUGUUGGCAACACAGUUGGUCACGACCAGUUCGACUACGAUACACUACAACGUCUUACCUACAUCAUCAACUACAUCAAUGAAGGCAUAUCUACCACAGCCAACCUGUACCAUCCUUACAUCAACCCUCGAUUAAUUGGAUAGAUAAUGGCAAACAGAAGUAUAGCUCGUAUAUUAAAACACAGCAAUUAUAAUUAGAAUAAGUAGUCUGUAU